AUGCUUGGGGAACAACGAGGAACUUUCGGAGCAGAAGAAACAACAACUGGAAAACUUCUUGGUUGGAACUUACCCGCCGAAGAGCAACAUUUGGUCCAUGCUCAUUGGAAAAACUACGAGGCGCCUCCAUUUUACAUGCAUCUCCUCUUGGCGUUGGUUUAUUUCGUUUUAAUGGUCACAUCUACCAUCGGCAACGGCUUGGUUAUUUGGAUAUUUUCCACUUCCAAGUCAUUACGUACUGCCUCCAAUAUGUUUAUCGUUAAUUUGGCCAUCUUUGAUCUCUUAAUGAUGCUUGAGAUGCCAAUGUUUAUCGCCAAUUCAUUCAGGCAGCGUCUACUUGGUUACGAUCUUGGAUGUACAAUUUACGCAGCACUUGGCAGUUUAUCAGGCAUCGGAGAAUCAACAACAAAUGCCGUAAUCGCUUAUGACCGAUACAGAACCAUUUCCCGUCCAUUAGACGGGCGCCUAAGCAAAGGUCAAGCAGCAAUUUUUAUCGUACUCACCUGGUUUUGGACAUUGCCAUUUACCCUGUUGCCCAUCUUCAAGAUAUGGGGUCGCUACAUACCCGAAGGUUAUUUGACUACCUGCUCCUUCGAUUAUUUGACCGAUAAUCAGGAUACGCGUGUUUUUGUUGCCUGCAUCUUUGUGUGGGCCUAUUGUAUUCCGAUGGCGGUAAUUUCCGUAUUUUAUUACAAGCUGUUUGGACAAGUGCGGGCACAUGAGCGCGUGCUGAAGGAACAAGCGAGGAAAAUGAAUGUCAAGUCGUUGGCGGUGAACAAGGAGCAACAAGGCAAGGCAGUGGAAAUACGAAUUGCCAAAGCGUGUUUUACUAUUUUCUUCAUGUUUUUGAUGGCGUGGACACCAUAUGCAUUUGUAGCUUUAACAGGCGCCUUCGGGGAUAGACGAGUUUUAACACCAUUAUUUACCAUGAUCCCGGCGAUGUGUUGCAAAAUUGUCUCGUGUUUGGAUCCAUGGAUUUACGCUAUCUCUCACCCGAGAUACAGAGCGGAGCUCGAAAAACGUCUACCGUGGUUGGGGAUCAAAGAAAAGUUGGACGAAGGUGAUAAUAAAUCUGCUAUAACUGCGGUAACUGGCGACGAAACGGAAAAAACCGAUGAUGUUCCCAAUGCCGAAUAGAAAGUGUCACAUA